GGGUCACCUCCUGUUUCCCCCCACACCACGAUGCUUGCCCGUUGCAGAGCUUCCAGAUUGCUUUGUGUUUCCAGGCACCGCAUAAAACCGCUCAUCACCCUCACCAACCAUUUUGCAACUCAUUCCCAUUCGCUCCACUGCCAAAGCCCUCGCAUCCUUACGGCUUCUAAUCGCCUGGUUCUCCAAUACUCAACUAUUCCAUUCUGCACUCCCCACCGCCUGAACUCAACCAUGGCUACCCCAACCCUCGAGCACAACCGUCUUCGUCUGGACAUGUCCCCGUCUGAAAUUAAGGCCCACACCGAAGAUAUAAUUGCUAAAGCGCGCAAACAGUACGAUGAGAUCGCUGCUUUGACGCCCGACCAAUGCAAUUUCGAGUCAGUCAUAAAGAAGAUGGCGACCGUCGAUACUUGGCUUGGUAUUGAGACAAACAACGUGACCUUUCCCCAAUAUGUCUCCCCCGACAAGGCAGUCAGGGACGCCGCCGUUGAGGCGAACAAGCUUCUCGAUGAAUUUGAAAUUCAACAAAGCAUGCGUGAGGACCUCUUUAAAGCUGUCCAAGCUACUUCAGCCAAGAAGGAGCAGCUUGACCCCGAAUCGGCACGAUUGCUGGAAUUCACCGAACGCGAUUUCAAAAGAAACGGUCUUGCUCUGCCAAAAGAAAAGCGGGAUGAACUGGAAAAAUUAAAGAAGAAGCUUGCUGACGCAUCAACAGAGUUUAGUAAGAACAUGAACGAAGACAAGACGGAGGUUCUGUUCACCAAGGAUGAAUUGGAGGGCAUGCCAGAUGACUUUUUGGAGGGAUUGACUAAAAAGGUCGAUGAAAAGGACGGCGUGGAGAAGUAUGCUGUGACCAUGAAAUACCCUGACAUCAUUCCUACAAUGCGCAUGGCAAAGCGCGAAGAGACACGGAAGCGCCUAGAUAUUGCCAAUGGACAAAAAUGCCAGGCCAACGUUGCCAUCCUUGAAUCCGCUGUUGCUGUUCGUGAACAAAUUGCAAAGCUUCUGGGGUACAAGGAUCAUGCGUCCUACAUAUUGGAGGUCAAGAUGGCGAAAGACACAAAGAGCGUUGAUGAAUUUCUUAAAAAGUUGCGAGAGAGGCUCACGCCAUUUGGCCAGAAAGAGUUGCAAAGAUUGCUUGAGCUCAAAAAGAAAGAAAAAGCUUCCCGCAAUGAGCCGUUUGAUAACAAGAUAAACUCUUGGGAUUUCCAGUACUACAAUCGACUCUUGCUUGAAUCCGAGUAUUCAGUCAACGAUGAGGAGAUUAAGCAGUACUUUAGCCUUGAAACUGUGACUCAAGGCAUGUUAGAUUUGUAUCAGACGGUGCUGUCUAUUCGAUUCAAGGAGGUCGAGAAACCUCCAGUUUGGCAUGCGGAUGUGCGGUUAUUUGAAGUGUUUGACCAUUCUGGAGAGUUUAUGGGACAUUUUUAUCUCGACCUUCAUCCACGUGAAGGCAAAUACACACAUGCCGCUGUGUUUGGGUUACAGCCCGGGUGUGAAUUGCCGGACGGGAAGAGGCAGUACCCUGUGGCCGCGAUGGUUGCAAACUUUAGCAAACCCACCGCGGCCAAGCCAUCAUUGCUCAAGCACUCUGAAGUCACAACCUACUUCCAUGAGCUUGGACACGUGAUGCAUCAGAUUUGCUCUGUAACGCGGUUCUCCAGGUUCCAUGGAACGAGAGUUGAGCGGGACUUUGUUGAGGCGCCCAGUCAAAUGUUGGAGAAUUGGUGUUGGGAGGCUGGAAUUCUUCAAAAGUUGUCCGCCCAUUAUGAAAAGGGUCCAUCACACCCCUUACCAAACAAUCUGAUUGAGUCUUUGGUCAAGGCAAAGAACGUGAAUGCAGCUCUUCUGAACCUUCGACAGAUCUUUUUCGGUUGGUUCGACUUUACUCUGCACACGACUCGUAGCGGGGGUAUUUCAACCACAGACCUCUGGAACAAGCUUCGGGAGGAAGUCACGUUGAUUCCUGGAACACCUAAUACAUGGCCUGCUGCUGCCUUUGGUCACAUUAUGGGUGGCUACGAUGCCGGAUACUAUGGCUACUUGUGGUCACAAGUAUUCUCUGCCGACAUGUUCUUUUCACGGUUCAAGGUCGAGGGAGUGCAAAAUCCGGCAACAGGACUGAGUUACCGAAAGGAUAUUUUGGGCCCUGGAGGCAGUCGCGAUGGAAUGGACAUGUUGAGAAACUUUUUGGGACGAGAGCCUCGUGAUGAGGCCUUUUUGAAAAGUAUUGGGCUGGUGGAGGUUGAAGAAGGGGCCGCCGGAGGGGCGCCUGUUGUAGUCUGAACCUUUGCAUAGUGCAAUCAAACAUUAUCCAUGUUGGAAUCAAUACAACAUAGACUGUGCAAACCUCAGAUACUGAUAUAUUGUAACGUAAUGCCUUGUGUGUUGUUUAGUAUGGGUGACAAAACAAACAAACUGCAAGCCA